CUUGUCGGCCCCUAUGCCUCGGCUGACGCUCGGCAGGCCCGAAAGUCACGGGGGCCCUGGGGCCAGUGCGAGCGCGGCCCUGGACCGGGCCCCCCGGCGGCCCCGGGAGGAGGGAGAACCUGCUGAGACGAAGCCUCACGGAGUCACAGGUGAGCUGGAGCCUAUCCCGUCUGACUUUGUGCAAGGAGCGGGGUGCACCUUGGACUGCUCAGAGCAAACGUCACAUGGCAUUCAGGGGACACGGAGGAGGAGGAAGCUCUUCUUCUCCCACAAAAAAGCAUGGCGCGUCUUCCUCCCGGCGGCUGCAGUAUGGUCAGUGUGCCACCAGGAUGCGCCACUGUCCCCGGUGGACGUGUGCUGGACGUUGGCGCUGCUCUGCUCGCUAUGGGCCGCGAUGGGGGGCUGCGUCUACCUGCUGCUGUGCCACCUGAGGUCACCGCACCAACGGGGCGACAAGAGUCUCCGGUUACAAGAAGAGGUCGUCAAAAACGAGCUUUGCAAACCGUCUAGCAGACCGGAUGUCCACAUACCGCUGGGUCUUGUCCUGGCUGACUGCCUGCUACUGAACGUGCUCCAGGAGCACCUACCAGAUCCCAGUGGAUCACAUAUGAUGGAUCUCCUCUCCAGGCUGGAGUGUGUGUCAAACGCACUGGACACGGCAGUGCUCGUCCCAGAAGUCACGAGCCAAAGCCGCCGUCUGACCGACAAAGUGACGCUCAUACGCACUUACCUAAAUAAAAGGACCAGGCUCCUGAGGAGGCUGGUGCAGGUCCAGGCUGACUUGGAGGCCGGCAUGAAGGGGCUGCAGGACGGGGUGCUGGUCCACUGGGCCCGGCUGGAGGAUCUACACACGGGGGUCACGCUCACUAGACAAGAUGGUCAAGACCACGGGGACCUGGCGUCCACCUGCAAAGACGCCGAGACCUUGUUUGAGGUCGUGAGCCAACACAGGAGUCAACUUGAAGGCUGCCAGGACCUCCUGAAGGACAGCACGCAGCUCCUGCAGGAGUUGACAUGGAGUCACAUCAGCGCCAGGAAAUGUCUCAGCAGUGGCGGCGGUGGCGGCGAGUCAGUGUGGCCAGAAGUGCUGCUCCAAUCCAACAUGGAGGAGUUUGACAAGGUGCGGGAGAACUUCCUGUCCCUGCAGCAGCAGACCGCCACCUUCCAGGCCCACCUGGAAGGGCUCUCCGCAAGGGGCGUGGAACACCUGGCUGCUGACCGACUCUCCUCCAGCCCUCCUCUGGACCUCAACAGCGGACGCUCCAGCGAGGUUUCCUCGGACCACUGGGAGUCCACCACCGCCGAGUCGGACACUCGUCAGUCUUUGUGUGAGAGGUCAGUGCUGCAGGUCACCUCCACAUUAGGACGCCUGCGGAAGUCUUCCAGAAAGAAGAAGGAAUGAGUGAAUAUUCUUUUUUAUGAAAUAGUUUUAUACACUGAAAGCGGACACAAGAGGGCGCCCUAUGACCUUUUAUUACAACAACUAUUAUUUAUAGUGGAUUUAACCAUAAUCUACAUCGUUUAUAGUUGACCUAGAUAUUAUAUGAAUUAUUUAUAGUUGAUUUAAACAUAAUUAGAUGUUUUUAUAGUUAUCCCAAUCAACUAAAAUUGUUUAUAGUUGAUAUAAAGCAUAAUUACAUUUUAAUAGUUGAUUUAGUGUGUGAAUGUUAUCUGUCUAUCUGUGUUGGCCCUGUGAUGAGAUGGCGACUUGUCCAGGGUGUACACCGCCUUCCACCUGGAUGCAGCUGGGAUAGGCUCCAGCAACCCCCGCGAGCCCAAAAAAAGGGACAAGCGGUGGACAAUGAAUGGAUGGAUGAAUGGAUGAUUGAAAAAUAAUUUGACAUUUUUUAUUGUUAAUUGAAACAAUUUACAUUUUUAUUGCUGAUUUAAGCAUGAUUUCAAUUUGCAUAGCCUAUGCAAACAUACUUUAAAUUUCAAGUUUAUUUAAACAUAAUUUGACUUUUGAAUAGUUUAUUCCAACCAUUUAAAUAGUUUAUAGUUAAUUUAAAACUACUUUUAUUUUAAUUAGCUUUUUUUAGUUUUUUUAAUUAUUAUGUUUAUUUAUAGUUUACUUAAAGUUCAAGCAAACUAUAAAUAAUUAUAAUUAUUGUUUUAUAAACAUAAUAUGAAUUAUUUAUAGUUGAUUUAAACUUAAUUGUAAUUAUUUAUAAUUUACUUAAAUAUAAUAUGAAUUAUUUAUGGUUGAUUUAAACAUAACUAAAAAAUUUUAUUGCGGAUUUAUACAUCCAUCCAUUUCCUACCGCUUAUUCCCUUUGGGGUCGCAGGGGGCGCUGGUGCCUAUCUCAGCUACAAUCGGGCGGAAGGCGAGGUACACCCUGGACA